CCUUCCUCCCCCUCCCCGCCCCACUCCCACCGCACCGCACCGCACCGGCCUCCUGCCUCCCAACAGCCGCGGCAAGCCGGGGACGCCGCCUCGUGUCCGGCACGCCAUUUUUCCCCUCUUCCCCUCGCCCGCCCCCCCCCCCCCCCCCCCCCGCUCCUGGCCCUGGCCUGAAUCGGCGCACGCCCUGGCCUGACACCCCCUGCUACCCUGUCGCCACCGCGUCGCGCGCGGGCCGGCCCCCCUUCCUCGCGCACCACACCCCCGCAAGUAUCUCUCCAGCUCCCUCCGCCGCCGCCGGCCGCUGAGGAGGCGCGCCCCGCUCGAUCCGGCGCGGGGAGGCGCGCCCGCUCGCCAGGUUCGAUCACCGGAUCCGAUCGCUCGAUUCGGUACGCCCCCUCGCGAGGCUUCGAUCCGGCUGGUGCUUUCCUUGCGGCGGAAUCUUCGUGUUAGUUUACUUAAUUAUACUGACAUUCUCAUAUGGCUUUGGAGCCGUGAUGCCUCAUCCAUCCCUGGAGCGGUAUAGGAUUCAUUGCCAAGACCAAUGUUCUGAAGUGCUGUCAAACAGACAGAAAUGGAUGGAACUGAGCUUGAAAAUCCUACUUCAAGAAGCUCAUCCCAGAAAUCUAGCCGCCGUUCUAGUAGCAGGCGUUCUCAAAAGUCAGCGGGGCAACAUUCUUCGCCCAGUACUCAGGAGAAAAGAAGUAAAACAAGAUCUUCAAGGCAGAAGCACUUGGCUAUUGAUGACAAAGAUGCUAAAAAGGGAAAAAACCAUGACCACAAAAUUGAUGUGGCAGAUGAAAGGUCCAAUUUUCUAGGUUACGAAGUGUAUGCUGGAAAGUUAAUUUUUGAUAAGAAAAAUAAAAGCACAAGCGAAAAUAAUCAGUUAUCAGAAAAUGGGAAAGCUGAUGCGGUUGAUGCUAGACUCACAAGUAAAGCUCUGAUCUGGGGCUCCUCUGUACUCCUCCUGGAGGAUGUUGUCUCUGUAUCAUAUAAUUCUGGAGCCAAACAUUUUACAGUGCAUGCAUACCCAACUAAAAAGUCUUUAUUUGGAAAGACACGCAGAGUUCCGAAAGACUUCUGCUUUAUAGCCUCUACCUUAGACGAGGCCAUUUUGUGGGUGACAUGCUUUGCUGAACAAAGCAUAUAUGUUAAUUUACUACCACGCCCUGGAGCGUCUAGUAUCAAUCAAGACUCAGACAACCCCCUCAGUGAGUCUUUAUUUGACCAGCCACCGAUUAAAUGCAAACCUCCACAAAGAGUACUUGUUAUAUUGAACCCUCGAUCUGGACAUGGUAGAUCAAGUAAAGUUUUCCAUGAGAAUGCAGAACCUAUAUUUAAGCUUGCAGGCUUUCAGAUGGAAGUAGUUAAAACUACUCAUGCUGGGCAUGCAAAAUCUCUUAUAUCUACUUUUGAUUUCAGCACAUGUCCUAAUGGAGUUGUGUGUGUGGGUGGCGAUGGAAUUGUAAAUGAGGUGCUCAAUGGUCUUCUGCUCAGAAGUGAUAGAACAGAAGCUGUAUCGAUUCCAGUUGGAAUAAUUCCUGCAGGCUCUGACAACUCACUCGUCUGGACUGUUUUGGGGGUUAGAGAUCCUAUUUCCGCAUCAUUAUUAAUUGUUAAGGGUGGGUGUACGCCUCUCGACAUCUUGGCUGUCGAGUGGAUUCAAUCUGGGCAAAUACACUUUGGCUCAACUGUUUCAUACUAUGGUUUUGUUAGUGAUGUCCUUGAACUUUCUGAGAAAUAUCAAAAGAAAUUUGGCCCUCUUCGAUAUUUUGUGGCUGGAGUCCUGAAAUUUUUAUGUUUGCCUAGCUACUUCUAUGAGUUAGAAUAUCUUCCUUUGCCAAAGGACAUGGCUGCAAAUGGAAAAGGCACAGAUCAAGACAAAACAAACUUGUCCAAUGUCUACGGUGAUGUAAUGCACAGCAGAUCAAAGCAAGAAGGAAUUCCGCGGGCCUCCAGUUUGUCCAGUAUUGAUUCUAUUAUGACUCCAAGUCGGAUGUCACUUGGGGAUGUUGAUACAUCAGGUAGUACAGUGGCAAGCACUGAACUGUCAGACUAUGUACGUGGUCUUGAUCCGAAAGCAAAACGCUUGUCUCUGGGCAGAAGUAAUAUUGUUUCAGAACCUGAAGAAGUGCUACGUCCCCAACCACAUCAUGGAUCAUUCUGGCCAAGAACCAGGUCCAAAGCAAGGACUGAGAGAAAUUCAGUUGGUGUGACGUCUACUAAUGACACACGGUUGUCUUGGGCAGCCCCAUCAAUGCACGACAAGGAAGACAUUUCCUCAACAAUAUCAGAUCCAGGACCUAUUUGGGACUCUGAACCAAAGUGGGACACAGGGCCAAAAUGGGACAGUGAGCUAACUUGGGAGCCUGACCACCCCAUUGAACUUCCUGGACCACCAGAGGACAGGGAAUUCGGAGCACCAAUGGAACUUGUACCAAAUUUGGAUGAGAAAUGGGUAGUUAGGAAAGGACAUUUUCUUGGUGUCCUUGUAUGUAAUCACUCGUGCAAGACAGUGCAAAGUUUGAGUUCACAGGUUGUUGCACCGAAAGCGACCCAUGAUGAUAACAGUUUGGACUUACUUUUAGUUGGUGGAAAGGGAAGGUGGAAGUUGCUGAGAUUUUUCAUACUUCUCCAGUUCGGUCGCCAUCUUUCUUUGCCCUAUGUGGAAUAUGUAAAGGUGAAGUCAGUUAAGCUUAAACCUGGUCCAAACACACACAAUGGCUGCGGUAUAGAUGGCGAGCUUUGUCGUGUCAAGGGACAGGUACUCUGCUCCCUGCUUCCCGAGCAAUGCAGGCUUAUUGGCCGUCAAUGUAGACAAUCUAUUUAAGUUCUGUGUUGUUGAAUUUCAUCGGUUUUGGGGUCUCUUUCCACUUCUAACAACUAAUGUUUAUAUAUCGAUACUUGCUGGGUUGAGCGUGGGUUGGUUGUGCAGAUCUUGAGAGUUUAAACUGGGCAGACAAUGUUGUGAGUUUUCUGUAUAUUCGAGUGGUUAUAGGAUGAUAAGUUGAUUCUUUCUAUCUAUAUAACUUUGGCUUGUAUAUAUAUUUUUUAUAGA